AUGGCAUCCACCGAUAUUGCUACUAAAGAGCUCCAGAACCCAAUGGAUGUCGCGGAGUAUCUCUUUCGACGUCUUCAUGAGGUCGGCAUUCGUGCAGUUCACGGCGUUCCAGGCGACUACAAUCUCUCUGCAUUGGAUUACCUGCCCAAGUGCGGUCUUGACUGGGUAGGGAACUGCAAUGAGCUCAACGCAGGUUAUGCGGCCGAUGGCUAUGCGCGUGUGAAGGGAAUUAGUGCUUUGAUCACCACCUUCGGCGUGGGCGAGCUAUCAGCUGUCAAUGCUAUUGCAGGCGCCUACUCCGAGUUCGUCCCGAUUGUUCAUAUUGUCGGUCAACCAACAACCAAAUCCCAGAAGGAUGGAAUGCUGCUCCACCACACCCUCGGAAACGGUGAUUUCGAUGUAUUCACCAAAAUGAGCAGCGCAAUCUCUUGCUACGUCGCCCGCUUGAAUGACCCCCAAGAUGCCGCGACUCUGAUCGACAGUGCGAUUCGCGAAUGCUGGAUUCGUAGUCGUCCCGUUUAUGUGACCCUUCCUACAGAUAUUAUUUACGCCAAGGUUAACGGGGAUCGCUUGAAGACACCAAUUGACCUAUCAUCACCUGCAAACGACCCGGAGAAGGAGGACUAUGUGGUCGAUGUUGUUUUGAAAUACCUCCGUGCUGCCAAGAACCCCAUUAUCUUGGUCGACGCUUGUGCUAUUCGACAUCGCGCCUUGGAUGAAGUUCAUGAACUUGUAGAGGCUUCAGGCCUGCCGACAUUCGUUACUCCUAUGGGCAAGGGAGCAGUGAACGAGACAAACGAGAACUUCGGUGGAGUGUACGCAGGCAAUGGAUCCAACGCUGGAGUGAGAGAGGUCGUUGAGUCGUCAGAUCUUAUUCUCAGCAUUGGUGCCAUAAAAUCCGAUUUCAAUACAGCGGGAUUCACUUAUCGUAUCGGACAGCUGAACACCAUUGACUUCCAUAGUAACUAUGUUCGAGUGCGGUAUUCAGAGUAUCCUGAUAUCAACAUGAAAGGCGUCAUUCGAAAAGUCGUCAAGCAGAUGGGUAAGCUCAACGCUGCGCCUGCUCCAUCGAUCAAUAAUACGCUUCCCAAGAGUGAGCAGACUUCAAAUAGCCAGACAAUCACACACGCCUGGCUUUGGCCAACAGUCGGUCAGUGGUUGAACGAAAACGAUGUGGUUCUCACUGAAACCGGUACCGCGAACUUUGGAAUCUGGGACACACGAUUCCCCGCAAAUGUUACAGCAAUAAGCCAAGUGCUUUGGGGCAGCAUCGGGUAUGCCCUUGGAUCCUGUCAAGGUGCGGCCUUGGCCUCGAAGGAAUUGCAGAACCGUCGGACCAUCCUCUUCAUUGGAGAUGGUAGCUUGCAGUUGACUGUUCAGGAGAUCAGCACUAUGUUGCGCAAUAAGCUCAAUCCUAUCAUCUUCGUCAUUUGCAAUGAGGGUUACACCAUCGAACGAUACAUCCACGGAUGGGAUGCAAGUUACAACGACAUCCAGACUUGGGACCACGUCGGCAUUCCGAAGGUCUUCGGGGCCCAGAGUGGAUACAAGGGAUAUCGCAUCAAAACUAGAGACGAACUCCUGAAACUGUUUGCUGACCAAAGCUUUUGUGUUUCUGACGAUCUUCAGUUGGUUGAGGUAUACAUGCCUCGCGACGAUGCCCCUGCUGCAUUGAAAUCGACCGCCGAAGCUGCGGCCAAGCGCAAUGAGUAG